AUGGCGCUUCACUUGACUCAGUCUAAGCGGUUACAGCUUGUGAUAUUUAUUUCUCUGUGCUUUUUUAUAACAGAAAUAUCCAUCGGGUUCUACACGAGCUCUCUUGCUCUUGUCGCCGAUGCCUUCCAUUACUUAAACGAUCUUAUAGGAUUCGUCGUUGCAUUUGCCGCUUUGAAGAUUUCCGCCAAAAAGAACUCACCACAAGACCUGUCCUUUGGCUGGCAGAGGUCCCGACUUCUCGGUGCCUUCUUCAACGGUGUCUUCCUUCUCGCGUUGGGUGUUAGCAUAUUCCUACAAUCCAUAGAACGAUUCGUCUCUGUUCAGGUCGUGGAACAACCCAAGCUUGUACUAAUCGUCGGCUGCAUCGGCCUUUGUCUCAACAUUAUCAGCGCCUCCUUUCUUCACGAACAUGAUCAUUCUCACGGUUCGACUUCGGAGAGUACAGAGAACGCAGAAAACGGAACAGAGGAUACACCUGCUUUGCACGACAACCAUCGGCACAACAAUCUUCAACUGUCCAGAAAAGGAUACGACCUAGGAAUGCUAGGUGUUCUGAUUCACGUGGUCGGCGAUGCAGCAAAUAAUGUUGGCGUCAUUAUCUCGGCUCUUGUGAUCUGGCUUACUUCGUCCCCAGCUCGCUACUAUGCAGACCCUGCUGUCAGCAUGGCUAUUGCGAUAGUUAUUCUCACAACAUCGCUUCCACUAGUGAGAAACUCGGGAAGGAUUCUUCUUGAAAGUGUUCCGAGCGGCAUCAACCUUGACGAUAUCAGACAUGAUCUUGAACUGAUCCCCGGUGUCCGUUCCAUUCACGAGCUACAUGUUUGGCGCCUGAACCAAGAGAAGGCAUUGGCAUCUGUCCACGUCGCCAUUGUUAAUGAGACUGUCUCCGAAUUUGUGAAGAUUGCAAAGACCAUGAAUGCUUGCUUCCAUAGUUACGGUAUACAUUCAGCGACCGUACAGCCGGAGAUUGGGUCGUCGUCUAUUUUAGCGGAUGCUACGGGUACUGACUAUCAGGGUAAUUGGUCCCAGCUAUGCCAAGUCAAGUGUGGCAGUUCUUCUUGUGAGAUAUUGACCUGCUGUGGCUAG